GUUCAGCAUUCUACGUGCGGCAGGCGUAGAGCGCACAACAUACACUGAGCUUUCGAGCGGCAGAGCGGAGCUGAGCUGAGCUAAGCAAAGCAGCGCUAAGCGGAGCAAAGCACUUUCAAAAGACACAGGCGCGUUAUUCUCAAAAGCGCGCGCAAAAGCAUUUGCUUGAACGGUAAAUGUGAAAAAAGUAAAAAAAGGAAUAACAACAACAAUAACAACUUCCAGAGCCAGUCAACGAUAACGGAACGAUAAACGAUUAACGAUCCACGCGACAGUGAGAAUAAUGUCGCUGCAGCCAAGCGUUCAGUCGGCCAAAUGCCCAAUGGAUGUCGGCGCGGGACAACAGCACAAAGAGAAGCAGCAACAGCCGCAGUCGCUGCCGCCGCAGCCGCAGUCGCCGCAGCAAAAGCCAGCGCAACGACAACGUCGCUCAAUGCAACUGCUGCCGGUCAUGUUGAUGUUGCUGCUGCUGACGCUGCUCACGCGGCCGCUGAGCGUUCACUCAAAUCGUCUCUCGGACACAAAGCUACAUGAGAUCUUUCUGGAUGACAAGGAAAUCAAGCUGAGCUGGAUGGUUGACUGGUAUAAGCAGGAGGUGCUCUUCCAUUUGCAGAAUGCGUUCAAUGAGCAGCAUCGUUGGUUCUAUUUGGGCUUUUCGAAACGUGGCGGCUUGGCCGAUGCAGAUAUUUGUUUCUUUGAGAAUCAGAAUGGCUUCUUCAAUGUGGUCACCGACACCUACACCAGCCCCGAUGGUCAUUGGGUGCGCAAGGACUAUCAGCAGGACUGCGAGGUCUUCAAAAUGGACGAAUUCACGCUGGCCUUCAAGCGCAAGUUCGAUACCUGCGAUCCGCUCGAUCUGCGAUUGCAUGAGGGCACCAUGUACGUGGUAUGGGCACGCGGCGAAUCGGAGCUCGCUCUGGAGGAUCAUCAGUUCGCGUUGCCCAAUGUGACGGCUCCACACGAGGCGGGUCUGAAGAUGUUGCAGCUACUGCGCGCCGACAAGAUCCUCAUUCCCGAAACCGACUUGGAGCAAAUCGAAAUCACGCUGGAGCAAGCGCCGGUGCCCAGUCAAGAGACCACUUACUGGUGCCAUGUGCAGCGUUUGGAUGACUUUGUCAAGAAUCGCAUGCAUAUCGUGCAGUUCGAGCCAAUCAUCAAGUCGCCCGGCAUUGUGCAUCAUAUGGAGAUCUUCCACUGCGAAACGGACGAGCAUGCUGAGAUUCCACUCUACAACGGCGACUGCGAACAGCUGCCCCCGGCAGCCAAGGUCUGCUCCAAGGUAAUGGCACUGUGGGCCAUGGGCGCCAGCACCUUUACGUAUCCACCAGAAGCCGGCCUGCCAAUCGGUGGCUCCGGCUUCAAUCCCUACGUGCGGCUCGAGGUGCACUUCAAUAAUCCAGAGCUACUGGAGGGUCUGAUGGACAACUCUGGAUUUCGCAUUAAAUUAUCGAAGACGCUGCGACAAUACGAUGCUGGCGUCAUGGAAUUGGGUCUCGAGUAUACGGACAAAAUGGCGAUACCGCCUGGCCAGACGGCCUUCCCACUGAGUGGCUACUGUGUGGCGGACUGUACACGGGCCGCAUUGCCAAAGACGGGCAUCAUUAUAUUUGGAUCGCAGCUGCAUACGCAUUUGCGCGGCGUUCGCAUCCUGACCAGACACUUCCGGGGCGAACAGGAGCUGCGGGAGAUAAAUCGCGAUGAUUACUAUUCGCAUCACUUCCAGGAGAUGCGCACGCUGCACUACAAGCCCCGCGUCCUGCCGGGCGAUGCAUUGGUCACCACCUGCUAUUAUAAUACGCUUGGCACUGCGAAUGUCACUCUCGGCGGCUUCUCCAUUAGCGAUGAGAUGUGCGUCAACUAUAUACACUACUAUCCGGCCACCAAGCUGGAGGUGUGCAAGAGCUCUGUUUCGGAGGAGACACUCGAGGAUUAUUUUAUCUAUAUGAAGCGAAAGGAGCAUCAGCAUGGCAUACACCUGAACGGAGCACGUUCGGCGAAUUAUCGGACUAUCGAAUGGACCCAGCCGCAUGUGGACCAAUUAUAUACGAUGUACAUUCAGGAGCCGCUCAGCAUGCAGUGCAACCGAUCCGAUGGCCAGCGCUUUGAGGGGCGCAAUUGGGAGGGCGUGCCACCGACGCCAGUCCAAAUCAAAAUACCCAUUCAUCGCAAGCUCUGCCCCAACUACAAUCCGCUCUGGCUGAAGCCCCUGGAGAAGGGCGACUGCGAUUUGCUAGGCGAGUGCAUCUACUAGGCAAUGAGCAAUGAGCACGGCGGACGGAUACGGAAUUCCAAUUACGUAUUUCGGCAAAGGGGGCGGGGCAUGCACAUGGCACGCACAUGGCACGCACACACACACACACACUCGCACGCACACACACACUCAACACAUACACAUGCGAUUACAAAUGGCAUGCUUUUGGCAGCGGGUUUGUAAGGUUCUCUCUAAAUGUUUUUAUUUGUUUUCUUGUUGUUCUUUUUUUACAUUUUUGGUCAGGUUUAUAUAGUAGAAUAUGAUGAUUGUCAUCAAGAACAUCAACAUCAACGCUUAUUGUCAAUUGAAAUGGCAAAGACAAAAGGCUGGCGGGUGGACUUUGGCAGGGGGCAGGGACAGAGGGCAAAGGGGCGGUGCGAGUACGUCGUCGGGUGUUUGGCAACAAAAAACUUUCUUUAAAUAACUAAUGAAUUGUUGGCCUUUGAAAUUUGCCGACCGAGCUGCUGGCCCCGGCCUGAACCGGCAAAUGACACAAAGGGAAAAUGUUAAAGAAAUGUGGCAAAAAGAAAAGAAACGAGAAGAGAAGAAAUGAAACAAAACAAAAUAAACGAAAUGCCGUAAGGAAAAUAAAUGGAGAAGCUGUCGCAGUCGCAGUCGACGUUGCCGUCGCUGCUGCUACAAAAGCAAGCGGCAGCUCGCUCGGGGCCACGGACUGAAACAGUUUUCAAUGCAAGCUGACGGCCCUGUUUAUACAAUAUAAAUGAGUCAACUUUUGAGCCUGUCGAAACGCGUGUCAGAUAAAAAGGCUGCCCAGUCCACCUGAAGCCGUCUGUCCACCUGGCCAGACCCAACCCACGCAGCAGCUAUCAAACAGCUCUAAUUGCCCGACAUCAAGUCAAGUGUCCGGCACUUGCAGCCGCAUUUGCUUUCUCUUUGCCAUUUCGAUUUUUUUGUUUGGAUAGCCAACAGCCAGGCAUGUGUCCAAAGCAAUUGUCGCCGAUUAUCGAUAGCAAGCCUUUAUCGAUCUUCGAUUUAGGUAUAUCAAAGUUUAUUUAGAGUUUCAGCUGAAGAAAAGAGGAAUGAGAAUGAAUGAAAUGAAAUGAGUAUAUGUUCAGUAUAGAACGAGCACAGUUGAGUAUUAGUAGAAGUGAUCUGCUGCGUACGAGUCGAAAUGAGUCUCAGAACAGAUGAAAAUAUAUAGAAAGGAGUAUAAGAGCAGUUGAGUAUGAGUAGAAGUGAGAAUAAAAUCAGUGAGCCGACAUGAGUAGAAGAUCAGCCGAGUAUAAGUAGAAAGACAUGGAAGAUCUGCUGAGUAUGGAUCGAAUUGAGUUUAAGAUCAGUUGGGUAUAAGUAAAACGAAGUAGAAGGCCAGCUGAGUAUGAAUAAAAGUGUGUAUAGGAUCAGCUCAGCAACAAGUGAGUACAAGAUCAGCUAGGUAUGAAUCAAAGUAAGUCUACGAUCAACUGAGUAUGAUUAGAAGUGAUUUAGGAUGAACUGAAUACCAUUAGAAGCCAUUAUAAGAUCAUCUGAGUAGGAGUAAAUCUCAAUAUGCGAGCAGUGCAAGAGAGUGUGUCUAUACGAAUGGAUCUAAAAUGAGUAGUAGGAAAAUGUAUAAGAGUAUGACUAUGAAUACGGCACGGUACGAGCAGGAAUUGAUAUAGACUCAAUUGAGUUCAUAUAGAAAUGAAUACGUACGAGUAUAAGUACUAUUGAAAACGUGUAAGCUUUGAGUGCGAAUGAAUAUACGGCAAUGAGAAUUUCAACAACUUUUGAGUACUUUUGACUCUCGUUGACAACUUUCGAGUACUUCAAAGCGGUUGUUGUUGAUGUGCUUGAUGAUACACUUUUUUUUUUUUUGCAUAAAACGAAAAUAACCAAAGAUGAUAAAUAUUUGAUGUACACAAAAUACAUAUGCAGAAAACAUUGAAUGGAUAUGUUUAAGUGUAGCUACAUACAUAUAUAUUUAAGAUGUGAUAAUUGUUCUACGGCUAAAAAAAAAGAAAUGAAAACC